AUGUAUUAUUUAUAUAAAAAAGUUUUUAAUAAUAAUUAUUUAUUUAAUUUAAUUUUUUAUUAUGUAAAAUAUCAAGAUUUACAAUUUAGUAUUGAUAAAUCAUAUUUAAAUUAUGAUAAAAUUUUAAAUUCAUAUAAAACAAGUGAUUUAACAAUUGAAAUAAUGUUAUCAAAUGGAAUGUUUAAUAUAUUUGAUAGUUAUGUUGAUCAUUAUUUUAAAGUUGUUAAAAAUGAUAAAUCAAAAUAUUGGUAUUAUAAUGCAUUUAAUAAUUUAACAGAAAUGGAUAUUAAAACAUUAUUAAAAUAUAAAGAAUUGGGAUUUAAAAGAUUUGAGUUAAUUUUUAAACAAUGUAAAAAUCAUUUUAGAAAAUAUAAUAAAUUUCUAUUAUUAUAUGCAGCAUCAGGUGGUAAUUUUGAAAUUUAUGAUUUUCUAUUAAAAAACCAAUUUAAAUUACCAACAACAAUUGAUAGUGGUGGUAUUUUUCAAAAAACAAUUUACUUUCAAGAAACAACAAUAUUCAAUAGUGGUGGAAAUUUGGAAAUUUUCAUUUCACUUUUAAAUUAUUAUGAUGAUUGUCUUUAUGAUGAAAGUAAUUUAGAUUUAAAAAAAUGUUUAGAAUUAGUAAUAUGGUUAUUAAAAAUGAAAUAUACUCAAUUGUUAAUUUAUUUUAUUCAAUUGAAACCAUUUUUAUUUUCUUCACAAAUAAAUAGUUAUUUAUUUUUAUCAAGUUUGGCAAUUAAUUAUUCAAAUAUGGAAUUGGCUAAAUAUUUAGUAGAUAAUAAUAAAGAAAUAAGCUUUUUUAAAAAUUCAUUCAAUAAAGAUAAUUUAAAUGAUUUAAAGAUACCAUCUAUUAAUAAAAUUCAAAAUAGCCAAUUUGAAAGAGUUUCAAUUAUAGGUUCAAAUAAUUUGUUUUUAAGUCCAUUAAAACAAUUUGAUUUCAAUAUGGAAAUAUUUCAAUUUCUUUGGUCAAAUUAUCAAUUUGAAUUAAUUAGAUUGGGCGAGGAUAUUAAAGUUGCAAAUCUAUCAAAACUUGAAUAUUUUAAUAAUUUUAGUGGUACAUUUAAUAAUAUUUCCUUUGAAAAUUUAAAUUAUAAUAAUAAUAUGAUCAAACUACUUGCUCUAAAUAAAAGAUUCAUACCAUCAUUUCAAGAUUUUAAAUAUUUAAUUGAAAAUGAACUUGAAUUUCUGUUCAAUAAUAUAUCAAAAGUUUUAUUAUUAUUUAAUAGAGUUGCAGAAUAUUGUUGUUUAAUGUCAUUUGAUUUAGAGUAUUUGAAUUAUUUUUUAAAAAAUUCUCCAAAAGAAAUUCUUAUAAAAUGGGAAAUGCCAAUAGAAUGUUAUGAAACUAAAUAUGAAAUUUUAGAAUAUCUAGUUAGUGAUAAUCGUUAUUGUUCAAAAAUUGCCUCUAUGGAUUUACAUUUUAGAAGUUGUAAAAAAGCAUUCUUUGGGGAUUUAAAUUCAAUUAAAUUAUAUGAAAAAGUUUCAAAAUCAAAUCACAACUCAUUUUGCCAACCUUUAUUUCAAAGUUCAAUUCUUAAUGGUUAUUUUGAUAUUGUAAAAUAUUUAAUGGAAAAAGUUAAACCAAAAACAAAAAUCUUAUUAGAAAAUAUUAGAAACGAUAGAUGUGAAAGUUAUUUAUCUAAAGAGUAUCCUACCUUUGAUCAUUUUCAAAUUUUUCAAUAUUUUGUAAAUUAUGAAUUGAAUCCAAUAAAUGAAAUUACACAAUCAAUUUCAAAAUAUGUUUUUUUCAAAAUAAAUUAUUUAUUUGAACUUUCUAGAGGAGAUAUCAAUUCAAAAGGUCAUAUUAAAUUUGUAUCAAAAUAUCAUCAUGUUUUUAAUCAAAUUAAUUGUUAUCAUAUAAUCUUAACACAACCAAUAUAUCCUUCAAUUGGUGAAAUAAAAGAUAUAUAUCAAGAUGUUUUAAUAUUUCAACAAAAACAACAACAACAACAACAACAACAACAACAACAACAACAACAACAACAACAACAACAACAACAACAACAACAACAACAACAACAACAACAACGAAACCAUUCAAAUAAUAAUAAUAAUAAUAAUAAUAAUAAUAAUAAUAAUAAUAAUAAUAAUAAUAAUAAUAAUAAUAAUAAUAAUAAUAAUACAUCAAUAGAUAAAAAUGAGUUAAUUAGAAUUUUUAAAUCAUCAAAUUAUUCAAUAUUAAAUUAUAUGAUUUAUAAUUUAAAUAUUUCACUAUCAUCAUUACCUACAUCUGUUGUAAAUAAUUUAAUUUCGCAAUUUGAUUUUACAAGGUUAUGUUACUUUAUUGAAAAUGAUAAACAAUUUGUAAUUUCAAAUAUAAAUUAUUUAAUUGAAUAUUCAUUAAAUUUAAAAAAUGUUUUAAUAUUACAAGUAAUUUUAAACUCUAAACAAUUUUCAAUUGAUUUUAAAUUAAUUUUAUUUAUAAAUUCUAUAAUUUAUUCAAUUUCAAAUUCAAACUCUUUAAAAGAUUUAUGGGUAUUUGAUUUAAAUAUUGAACAAUCUUUAAAUAAACAUUUACCAAUAAAUGAUCAAUUUUUAAAUAUUAUUAAUAAUAAAAAUAACCAUAUUCAUCAUCUUUCAAUUUUAAAUAUAAAAUUACUUCAAAAUAAAUCAAAAUUAUAUAUUGAACCAAAUCUAUCAAUUUUAAAAGAGAAAAAUAUAAAUAUAAUAUUUGUAAUAAAAUCAUUAAUUACAUUUAUGAAAGAAUCCACUGGAAAUUAA